GGCUAGCUUUUGUUGAUAAUUUCUAAAAACAGGCUUCUCUUAGAAUUUCAUAUGACACAAAGCAAAAACUUUAUUAAAUAUUGCGUCAUUCUAUUGAAAUGUGUGCUUACUUACUCAACAAUGUCAUUAAUGACAGAAGGUGUUAUUUUUAUCCUGUUAUGUUCCGAGAAGGAUGAACAAAGAAAAUUAAAGCAAUAGGUACAAAAAAUAAUUUUUGGAACUAAAGUUUGUUUGGUAUGAGGCAAGUAUUAAAGGUUUUACAAUAUUGCUUGAUCAGGAGAAAAAUCUUAGGAAGUUGUACAGGUUUAUAAUUACAAGAAUGUUAAGCUAAUCAGUAAAAAAGGUACUCGAAAGAAUAAACUUUGCUACAUAGAAAAAAGCAAAUAACACAGGAAUAAGACCAGCGCAUACACAUACACUAAUUGUAAAUGAGCAACAUGUUACAAGAGAAAAGUAAUUCAAAAGACAUUGCUGCUUUAAACAUGGCUAAUGAAAGCAGUACACCUAGUGGAAACCAUACAUUUAGUGAAAGCCACACACAUGAUGACAGCCAUACACCCAGUGGUAGUCAUGUUCGCAAUGAAUGCAACACACCUGAUGAAAGCCACACAUGCAGUAAAAGCCACAUAAACAAUAAAAGUCACAUUUGCAUUGAAAAUCACACUUGCAGUGACAGCCACAUAAACAAUGAAAAUCACACAUGCAGUGAAAGCCACACAUGCAGUGAAACUUACACAUGCCGUAAAAACCACACAUACAGUAGAAGCCACACAUGCAGCGAAAGUCACAAACCUAGGGAAAGUCAAAUACCCAGUGGAAAGAAAUUUGAGGAGGAUUCAAGAAUUACCAUUAUUUCAAAUGUAAACAGAACACACAACAGUUUCAGAAAGAUACCUGCUGUGCAAAAAAACAACAUUAACAUUGGAGAAACGAUUAUUCCUUUCAGUAUUGAUUUGCAUAGACAGUCGAAUACUAGCAACAUUGAACUUAUUCUCACAGAAAGAAAUGUGGGAAAAAUGCUUUCAAAUUACACCAGACAAGAAAAAAAAAGAAAACGACAAAGAAACUGUUUGGUAUCAUACACCAUUUUUCUUCUUCUACACACGGUUCUAUGUCUAACUGUGCUUAUUUUAAAUAACCUAACAAUUGACGGAGUGGGAUUUUGUCAAAAAAUAGCUGAGGAAACUGAAGACCAAGAAUGCCGGAUCUCAAAAAAAGUAAUACUGACUAUAUCUGUCACUUUAAUGGCUUCUAUUGACAUGCUAGCAAUGACUUAUCACAUCUGCAACAUGCUUGGAAAAUGUAUACGAAACAGAUGGAUAUUUGACUUUCUCUGCCUUUUCUACAGUAUUUUGAUAUUUGUAUAUAUUUAUGGGACAAUUUCAGCCGUUAUAAAUAUCAUUGAAGAGAAUGUAUGUGCAUAUGAUAUUUUGGUGUUCAUAACAUUUUUAACUUUCCUGUUGCAAUUUUUUGUGACUGAGUGGGAAAGCAAGGACGAAGAAAGCUAACAAGAUGUGUUGUUAUUUUCGUAAUUUAAAAAAACAAAAACUAUUUAAAAAUUAGAACACUGUUAAUUUUCUAACACGUUUUACAGAAUUGUAAGUAUUGCUAACGACAAUGGUUUAACACAUCUUCCUUUAUAAUUUAUUGUUAGCAAAUUUUUGCCAACAUUUUUUUUCUUUGGAUACAAAUUAAAUCUAGAAAAGUUUUGAUAAUUUUAACUUGCUUAUGUGUAGGAGCAUACAAUCUUAUUCUUAAGGCUGCUUUUUUUCUUUCAAAUGUAGCUAGCACAGCAUUCACAAACAAAAACCAAAUGGCUAACAUAGUACUGGUGGAAAAUAAAAAUAUUUAAUUUAAAUAUAUUCUUUUAUUAUCAAUUUUUUAUAUUUUUAUCCAUUGUUUCAGUCUAAUUUAUAGCUACUUUUUGUUAUGUUUUUUAUAAUAGGUUUUAUGUUGUUCACCCGUCAUCUUGUAUCUGAUUGUUAUUUAAAGCCUUUGACAACAAAUUAAAAAGAGCACAAAGAAAUAUAAUAAGAGCAAUAA